UAAGUGGGGAGAUCUUUAGAUUCAGAUUCAAGAGCAGUUUGACGAAUGUUGGCUGGUAGAGGUUUCCGAUGUGUUUCGGGUAGUAGGCAUGUGAGAACCGAAGCCAUAAACGACAUCGACGCCAGUAGAUACAUAGGUGAAGAUGGCCAAAGUGAACCCUGCAAUUAUUCAAUCUGUUUGAUGGCUAGGAAGUCAAUCCACUGCUUGAAACGUACU